CAUGACGGGCCGCGGGACGCCCAGCCGGUUCCUGACGGCCGUCCUGCACAACGGCGUGGGCCGCUACGUGCGGCAGCUCCAGCGCCUCCAGCUCCUCUUCAGCCCUACCGCGGGCGACGCCCGCGGCGCCAGGCAGUUCGUGGAGGAGGCGGCGCUGGACUUCGCCCGGCAGCACCCCGAUGUCGUUCUCUACAUCAGCCCCCGCUUCGGCCCGGCCCCACUGCUGCUGGCUGAGUACUUGAAUGGGACAGUGCGGGAGGAGCUCAUCGCCAACAAGACGAGCGAGGAGAUCAUUCAGCUGGCCACCAAGCUGGCUGGCCAGUCUGGCCUGGACAUCAUCCGCAUCCGCAAGCCCUUCCACACUGACAACCCCAGCGUCCAGGGCCAGUGGCACCCCCUCACCAACAAGCCCUCCGCCCUCACCAUCCGGGGCCCGCGCCUGCAGCCCCAAUAAAGGCUCUGAUCCCCACCCUGCGCCUCCGCAUCCAUCUCUCCUCCUGCCCACAGAAACACGCUGCCACGCCACGU